UGACAAAAUGGAAAGCGCAAUACUUGAAGAGGACUUAAAGAUCUUGGGAUCCGAUUCUAUCAGGGAAUCAUGCAGUCGUUUCAUGUUAGACAUGGAAAGAUUGGGUGAUAAAAACGAGGAACAGGAAGAGGAAUACACGGAACCUGCCAUUGAAUUGGAUCGUGUCUACAACGACAUGCGAGAGAUUCGUUCAGCAGCUAUUGAAUAUGGAAGACGACACAAAUUUGCAGUCUCAACAUUACGAAGCGGAGCACGUCAAUUAGUGCUGGCAUGUAAACACUCCGGCUCAUAUCGAGGCACAAAGAAGACUGUCUUUGUCGAUGAAGAACCUACACAAGAAGCCAACGCUUUACCAACAGUUGUAUUACAGCAGGAGCUUGAUCAUGAGCAAGUUGAAUUAUUUCCACGUAAAAUGACUCGCAGAAAAGUCAGUCGAAAGAUUCAGUGUCCAUUUCAAAUCCGAGCUAAACCGAUCAAGGGAGGACAAUGGAUUGUAUAUAAAAUGAUAUUGGAGCAUAAUCAUCCUAUGGCUACAGAUAGUAAAGCGUACGCUCAACACAGAAAAUUGGAUGAUGAAACUCAAAAGGAAAUCGUACGUCUGAUGCGUGAAAAUAAAACAAACACACAGAUUGUCAAAUUCUUGAGUGACAAUGGCAUUCGAAAUGUGGUGAGAAAGGAUAUUGCCAACUUACGACAAACCCAUUUCAAUCCAAACAGUAAUAAACUGAGCGCAACAGGAAAUAUCUUAUACCAGGUCGAGCCACCAAUGGAAAAACUCACACCAAAUGUUGAACCAGAGGAUCUUGUGGCCCAAAAGCUUGAGGCACAACAAGUAGCAGAAGUAACAGAAGCAUUUAAUCUAUUCAACAAAUCAAACCUUAAUGGGAUUGCACGAAACCCAAUUUAAAUGAUCCUUCCUUUCUCCAUGAAGUAGUUUUAAAUAAAUAAAAUUCCAAUUGCAUUACUUUUUUUUUUAUUUUCUACAUAU